UUACUCUUCGCUGCUCAGCUUGAAAGAAGGACUUUUUAACUCUACACAAGACACAAGAAAGUAGGAAAAAUGGAUUUCGAAUCACCGUACCAUGUUCCCGUAUACAUGCAGUCAAUGCAAGAUUCAAACAAAGAUGAAAUGGUGAUAUGCCCUUAUGAUCCCGUGCAUAGAAUCUCCGUAAAAAGAUUUGUGCGACACAUACACAAGUGCAAAAAGAAUCACCCGAACGCAAACAUGGCCACGUGUCCAUUCAAUGCAAGACAUAUUAUUCCAAAACCAGAGAUGGAACAGCACAUUGAAAUAUGCCCGGACAAGGACUCUGACAUUAACUUCAUGGUAGCCGAAAGUGAGAUUUCUGUCAUCCCAACAAGUUAUGAGGAACUUUACUUUGGGGAUGAGGAAGAUUGGGAUGAAGAGGCUCGCAACAAUACUCAAAGUCUGCCGAUGGUUCGUGGACGUAGAAGACAAAAGCGAAAUGAAAUAAACCCGUUUCCAUCUGUGUAUGAGGCUGAAGCUCUACAUAAAGAAGAAGAAAUAGAACCAAGAGAGUGUCCUGCCCCUCCAGUUAGACAAAGGCGACCCAUUCCACAAUCUGUUACUCAGAAUGGAAUACAUCAAGAGCAGAAACCGAGCAAUAUGCAAUUGCCUCCAACACCAAGUCCCAAAAGUAUCCCAGUAAUGGCAGCCAAGUUUACAAACCCAGUUCAACAAAAUGGUGAAUCAGCCAUUAAUGAUAAAACUAUGGUUCAAAAGACGUUGCUGCAUGAAAAGAGAAAACUAAACAAACUGUUGAAUCAGAUAAGCAACAUGGAGUCACAGCAAACUGCUGGCGAGGUUCUUAACUCCGACCAGCUUGAAAAAAUAGGACGAAAAUCAGCUAUGAAAAGUAGACUGUUAGAGGUGGAGAAUUUGCUGGAAAGAAUUACCUUGUGAAUAUAUAACCAUGCCACCUCUUUGUGCUAAGUAACCAUGUCACCUCUUUGUGCUAAGUACUAUGUUUCCUACCAGUUUAGUAUGAAACUACCUUCCUUUCCUAUGUUAUGUUUUAGUUAUAUAGUAGGGUGGGGGAAGAUGGGACACCUUUAGCACAAAAUAUAUAAAUAUCCUGAUCGUGUUUUGAACAAUUAACAGCGGUUUAUGAAAGUCGCAAGGACAAGGUUUUAUAAUUCUUUAAAUAUUCUUUGUUUGCUACCAAAAUGUACGAGAAAAUAGAAUGAAAAGGUGUCCCACCUUCCCCCAUCCUACUAUACAACAUCUUAAACCGCUUUUUUUUAUUACACAUACACCAAACUGUUUUUCUACUAAUACUUUUGCUUGUGUUUACGUUUUGAUAGAACUACUGCUUUACAUUUUGUUACACUUCAUAUUGCCAUAUGGUGCUAUUUCUUUCACAUUAUGUUAUCAACACACUGCUUUUAGAGUCUCUUUCUCACACGAUUUUAUUUCUCAGGUUUUUUUUGUACCGCACCGCUUUCGUUUAUUAAUACAGCAAACUGAUUUUA